AUGUCGUCCGCGCUCCACGUUCUGCUCGACGAGUCGACGGAGGCGUUCGCAGCUCGGCCGGAGGAACCGGUCCAGCGGUUAUAUUUACCGGAGAGGAGAGUGAGGCUGGCCGGUCUCCGCUUGGUGGCGGCGAGUGGUUACGUCACGUGCGCGAACCGGUCUCCCGCUUUCGUAACGAGACUUUCGACCACCUUCCUGCGUGUCUGCCGCCCG